GUUAAUAUCAUCAAUACGCAGAAUUCACGAUACAAGGAAAUGGUCAGUAACAUCAUCACUUUGAGAUCUUGUGAAUGGUGAUGAGUUAAAGACUGUGAAGGAGGGAGAUGUUCUCACUCUACACACAGGACACACUGAGAGUCUCAGUGAAGUGAUGUGGCUGUUUAAACGAAGUGAUCAAACUGUUCGUAUCGCACAGAUGUAUCAGGGUUAUGAACCCUUUUAUGAUAAGAGACUAACCAGCAGAGUGAAAAUGAACCCAAAGACUGGAGCUCUGAGCAUCUGGAACAUCAGCAGCAGCGACUCUGGACUUUAUCACGUUUCUGAUAUCUCAAAUAAAAGGUUCAGAGAACUGUUUCUGUCAUUAGAUCUACGAUUAGUGGAAACCAAACUCAAGUCACAGAAGAUGGAGGAGUUCUGCUCUGUGUUCUGCUCAGUAAGAAAUGAUCGAGGUGUGUUCAUCUCGUGGUAUAAAGGAGGUGAAAUGCUGAAUCAGACCAGCAAUCCUGAUCUCAGCAUCAACCUCAGUUUAGCAUUAGAGCUUCAUUAUAAUGAUCCAGAGACAUACAGCUGUACAGCUGUGAAUCCAGUGAACAAUAAGACUGUCCAUCUUCACAUGAAUAAGAUCUGCCCACGACAGAUGUUUAUGAACAACUCUGUUCUCUUUCAGAUUGUCAGGAUCAGUGCAGCCUCACAGAGGCUCUGGUUCGUCUGGUUCUGUCUGGUCUGCUGGGAAUCACCACCGCUGUCUUUCUGUUUGAGCAUCUGA